UGUUUUCAGUUUUCACUCAUGUCUCCUUCAUAUCACAACCUUUGACUUUGUCUCCUCACUACUUCCCUCUUCACUUGACAUACUUUCUUCCUUCUUUCUUAUUAUGGUCUGUCUUUUGAUAUUCGUUUUUAACACCCUCAGCUAAGGAAUUCCACUAAUCUAACUCGAGAAAUUCUGUUUAUCUGCUUCAACUGGGAGCAUGCCUACCACCUGUUUGAGUUUAUGAUCAUUUAGAUUCUCAUAAACAUGGCUUCUCUUCUGAAGAAACUAAGACCUGGGGUCCCUUCAGUGGUUGUUGAUGAUGGUGGUGGUUGUGAUAGCAAUUUCGAAUUCUCCAUUGCCGAGGAGUACAAAGGUCCUCCAUUGAGUUACUUCAUCCCUGAGGUACCUGCUUUCAAGCUUGACCAAAUCCCAGUUGCUCCUAUAGCUUCUUCUCCACCUCAUCAUCAAUCCUCAUUAGUAGUCCCAGUUAUCCAACCUAUCAGAAAAUCAAGCAAUGCUACAACGAAGCUUAAAGAUGGUGGUAAUGAAGAUCAUAAACAUGGUGUUGUAGGAUUGAAUCUCAUUUCCAAGAAUUCAGAUACGGCAGAAGAAUCUGGAUCAUGUUCUGCUUCAGUAUCUUCUGAGAUAUUUUCAUGUAAAGCAGAGGAUGAGGACAUGGAUGAUCCUUCUAGUACUCCAACACAUGUGAAACGCAAUUCUGCUGUUAAAUUUCGUGAUCCCGACUCGAAUGAAAUGGUGGAUGAUGAUUACAAUGAUGACGAAGUUUUUUCUGGUUCUGAGUAUGAAAGUGGAAUCAGUACUCCUAUUAUGAACUACGUGAGGCCAAUUCAUGCUGUAAGACCUGGGAAAAAAGGCACGUGCUACCGUUGCCUUAGAGGGAACCGGUUCACUCAAAGAGAGGUUUGCAUUGUUUGCAGUGCAAAGUAUUGCAGAAAGUGUGUGCUGAGAGCAAUGGGGUCAAUGCCAGAAGGAAGAAAGUGUCUCACUUGCAUUGGUCAGAGGAUUGAUGAGACAAAGAGGAGGAACCUUGGCAAUUUUUCGAGGAUGCUCAAGUCCUUGCUCUCUGAUUGUGAAGUGAAGCAAAUCAUGAAUGAUGAGAUGUUUUGUGAAGCAAAUCAGAUUCCAGCAGAGCAAGUUGUUGUGAAUGGGGAGCGUCUUGAGAGGGACAAGCUCAUGCUGCUGCUGACAUGUCGAUACCCUCCAAAAGAGUUGAAACCAGGCUUCUAUUGGUAUGAUAAAUCAGCAGGACUUUGGGGAAAGGAAGGUCAACGGCCAUGUCAGAUUAUAAGCCCUGAUAUUGAUGUUGGGGGUAGCUUGCAGAAAAAUGCAAGUCGUGGAAAAACAAGAGUAACUGUAAAUGGUCGUGAGAUUACUAAAGAAGAGUUAUGGAUACUAAAGCUUGCAGGAGUAAAAUGGGAUGGACCAACUGAUUUCUGGGUGACUGCUGAUGGAUCAUAUGUUGAAGUGGGACAUAGGAAUGUCAAGGGCCGAAUAUGGGAUAAGUUUGGAGCAAAGGUAGCUUUGGCAUUUCUGUCCCUGUCAUUUCCACCUAAUCUGGUGACUACUCCCAGUGAAGGUGAAGGCAAAGGCGAAGGAGUGAACGGAGGUAGCCAAGACAACAACCAUCAGCAGAAAAUGCUUCACAAGUUUCUACUUGUUGGUUCUGCCAAGUCAGGAACAAGUACAAUAUUUAAACAGGCCAAGCAUCUGUAUAAUGUCCCUUUCUCUGAAAAUGAGCGCCAAACUAUCAAGUUGGUGAUUCAGAGCAACUUGUUUACCUACCUUGGCAUGCUGUUAGAGGGGUGUGAAUAUUUUGAAGAGAGGAGUUUACUGGAGAAAACAAAUACAGAACAUGUCGACGAAUCCACUUCAUCUGAAGAGAACUCUGGGGAAAUUAUUGAAACAACUAACUAUUCUAUUAGCCCAAGAUUACAAGGUUUCUCAGAUUGGCUAAUCAAAUAUAUGGUUUCUGGUAACUUGGAUACAAUAUUUCGAGAUAUUAUUCAAAAUUAUGGGCCAAUGGUAGAGGAGCUGUGGAGUGAUCCAGCAAUUCAGGCCACAUACAACAGGAGACAUGAACUAAAAUUGCUCCCCAGAAAUGCAACUUAUUUUCUAGACCGGGCUGUUGAGAUUUCCAAGAUAAACUAUGAACCUUCUGACAUGGACAUCAUGUACGCUGAGGGGAUAACCUUGUCCAACAGCAUUACUUCAAUGGAAUUCUCUUUCCCUGUGUUAAGUGGUGAUGAGUCUUUGGAUCAUGAAUAUCAGCAUGAUCCUUCUUUGAGAUACGAACUCAUCCGAGCAGAUCCUACAAGCCUUGGAGCAAAGUGCAGGUUGUUGGACAUAUUUGAAGACAUUGAUGUUGUCUUAUUCUCUAUUGCCUUAACUGAUUAUGAUGAGUACAUUGUAGAAAGUAAUGGAGUUGUCAGCAACAAAAUGUUACUAGCCAAGCAACUCUUUGAAAACAUCAUUACUUAUAGAUCCUUCAACAACAAGAAAUUCCUUUUACUUCUAACAAAAUAUGAUCUGCUUGAGGAAAAGAUUGAAGAGGCAAGUCUAACAAAAUGUGAAUGGUUCUGUGACUUCAAUCCAGUUAUCAGCCACAACCAAAAGAAAGGUAGAAUUAAUGAUCAUACCAAUAGUCCUCCAUUAGCUCAACGUGCUUUUCAAUACAUUGCUAUGAAGUUCAAGACAUUGUUCAAGUCUCUUACUGAAAGAAAGCUUUUUGUUUCACUUGUUACUGGUUUGGAACCUGAUACUAUUGAUGAAGCUCUCAGAUAUGCAAGAGAGGUUAUGGUGUGGGAAAAAUGGGAUCCUUCUGCCAUAAAUAAGUCUGAGAUUACUUCAACAACCAUUGAUGAAGCAACCCUCACUUAAUGAUUAUUUUCUCAAACAAGGGUUGUUUUUGUAUAAGUAAAAGAUAUAGAGCUUAAAAAAUUGAUGUAUGAAGAUAGGUUUAUGAGAUGAUUCAGUUUUGACUAUAGAUUCAUGAAGUCACGAUCAGAGCUCCUUCAUGUUGUUCGUAUACAACAUUUUGUAACAAAAAAUUUGUGUAUAUGUACACUACAGGAAAAUAAUGUUAUUCUUUUUCCCUUUAAUAUAAAUUCAUCUCUGUAAAUGGAAGUUAGAUUCCUUCUUUA